AUGGUUUUAUAUAAAAGAAAACCAAUCAUAUUACCUGACCCUAGGCCUCUGCCAGUAAAUCUGGAUAUACCUGUAUGGUAUAUAAAUGAAACUGGUGAAUGGUUUUUUACUUAUGAAGAAUAUUUAGAUAGAAUGGAUUUUUAUACAAGACACCAUUUUACAUGUGAAAUCACAGGUGCUUCAUGUCUUACAUUCUUUCAAGCCUUAAAUAGUGAAGAAUCUCAAUUUAAACUCGUAGAAGACAAAUUUCCCUUAAAAUUAAGAGAACCUGUCGCUAGAUAUUUACAUUUUAAUAGAAUCAGAAGACUAGAUGCCUUAAUCGAAAACGUUUAUUCAAAAUUUAAAUCAAAUUUUUUCCCUGGUGAAAUUGUGUACCUAAGAAAACCUAAAGAUAAUAAUAUAAGUGAAGAGACAUCAAAACAAAAUACACCUACUCCCUUUCCACCUUCUUCUUCCAUUUUGCCCGAAAAUUCAUCUACCACUAACACGACCACAUCUAACCACCAGAAAACUUAUAUAAUAAAAGAAAAAGUUCAGUUUAAUCCGAUUAUUGAUCCUGUAACAAAAGAAAUCAUUACUCCAGGCCACGCAAAGUAUAUGCUUGUAGAAGAUGAUGACUCUUCAGUGUCAAAUUCAAAUAAAUCUUUCGUAGCAGAUGAAUCACAAAUUUAUAGAGAUAGAUCCACUUUCACAAAACAUCUGAUUAAAUGUUUCUUCAAAAUUACCUUACAGAGAGCAUCUUCGAAAAUGGGUGCUCCUUGGUGCGUUAAGCCUGAGUAUUUACAAAUGUACGGUUUGACAAUGGAUUGGCCCAUCGACUUAUUACCAUUUAAAGAUGAUGAAAUUGUUAAAAACUCUAAUAAUAAUAUAACUUCAUCGUCAUCAUCAUCAUCAUCAUCUUCUUCUUCUUCUUCAUCUUUUUCAAAAGCCACUAAGGCUAAAAAAUCCCACAAAUCUAAAGAACCAAAAGAAGAACAAAUUGCUAAUACAAAUCAAAUAGACAAUAGUAACAGCGACAGUAAUACUAAUAAAUCUAAUGAUUUUUCAAAUGUAACAAUAAAGAGUGAAGAUAAUAUCGUUGAUAAAUCUGAUACAGAAACCUCUAAAAAGACAAAGAGUUCUAAGAAAAGGAAAAAUAAAUCCAAUAAUGAAACAACAACACCAAUAGCCACAGCAUCCACUUCCACAUCAAGUUCAAAUAUUAAUGACACGAACUCUCACAAACAAAAUAAAAGGAGGAAAACAAAUGACAAUAAAACUGUUCAGAUAAACGAGACUGAUAAUGAUGUAAGAGCGUCUUCAACUGCCCCUGAGGCCUCGACCCCAAUUGUUAUCAGAAGUAUUGUAACUGAUAUGGAUAUCCCAUACCGUGAAAAACCCAAGUUUUAUUUAUCCAAUCUCUCUUCUUAUAAUAAUUAUCUGGAAUGUAUCCCACUUAUGAAUGACAAAAAUUUAAAUAAAUUAACAUUAACAAAUUUCGAUCAAUUACUUCAAAUCUAUCAAUUCGUAAGUACAUUCAAUAAAGUUUUAUGCAUCUCAUACUUCAAUUUCGAUCAAUUGGUAGCAUCGUUAAAGGCAACUGACCCAUUUGAAUUACAAGGUGAAUUAGUAGAAGUUACUUUAAUGAAUCCAAAAUCAAAUCAGACAGCAAUAGAAGAUAACAAAACUGAAUUUAGUCAAUGGCAAAGAAAUUCUAGAAUUAGACAAUUUAUUGAAGAAAAGAAUGUUUUAGAUAAUGAUCUAAGUUAUUCAAUAUUAAAAGAAGAACCUGCCACUGAUGAUAUCAUAGAUAAUUUUAAUUCUAACGGUUCUAGUCUCAUUAUUGAAAUUUUUGUUGCACUAUUAAGAUUAUUUAUUGACGAAAAUGGUGAUUGGAAAAUAGUAAUUAUGGAAAAUUGGAUAAAUAACCAAAUUUCAAUAGAUGAACAAGAACUUGGAAUCACACCUAAAGGUAUCCAUAAUUUAGCAAAAACAACAAUAAUAUCAUCAACAGACACAGCGGAUAUAAUAACUAUGGAACAACUAGAUAUAGAUUCAAAACUAGAUAAUCCAUCUAAUUCAAACAGUACACAAAAUACAAAUGAUUCGAUAAAACAAUCACAAGAUAAUAAAAAUGAAGAUAAAAGAAUAAUACAUAAGCAUUCUGCAACUAAUGAAAUCACUAACAAAAGAGAACAAGAAGAGAUUGAUAAUACACACUUUAGCGAGGAAAAUGAAAAAAAUGAUAAUAAUGAUGUUGAUAAUGAAAAUUCUUAUUCAGAUGAGGAAUUCUCUAAUAUUAUGGAAAAAAUCUUAAAUUUUAGAAAUCAAGAAUGGACUGAAAGGUUAACAAAAAGACAAUUCACUAAUGGAAAUUGGUUAAUUAUCCUAUUAGGUAUCUUCGAAGACAGUUUAGCAAUCCCUAAAUACACAAAGUUUUUAAUGCAUUUUAGAAAAACUAUAAUAACAUCUGAUGUAUCAAUGACACAACUUCCUAAAGUUUUAUGGAGGAAUUUUUGUCGUAAUUUCUCGUUAGAGGAAAAAAUAACUUGUCUUUGGAUACUAGUGGAUAUUGUAUCAAAUUUUUCUCCUGAUAUUAAAAAUGCCAUAGAAGCUUCUAUGGAACUUUGUAUGCAUAUUAGAAGUGAUAGAUUUAAAAUAUUCAAAGACAUCAAAGCAGAGACUGCAGUUUUAGCUAUGAUAGAUAAAGAAAAAAAUCGUGAAAAAUAUGAAGCUAAAGAAACUCAGAUACGAGAAUUACAAGGAGAAAAAGCUAAAUUAGAUAAAAAGUUAAUGGAAAAUGAUUAUCAAAGGUUAAAACCAUUGGGUAUGGAUAGAUACUGUAAUAGAUAUUUCUGGUUUGACUUAACUGGUAUCCCAAAUAGACCCUUUUCCGAAGAUGAAAAGGAAUAUCAUAGUGGAAGAUUAUGGAUACGAGGUCCUAAUAAAUACUGUAUCAGAAAUUUCUUAAAAUUAGAUGAUGAGCAAGUUGAUAAAUGGCUGGAAAUACGUAAACUUGAAGGCAGUUCCAUUGCAACAAAGAAGGCCUUUGGUGUUUAUAGAAGUGAAACUGGAGCAUAUUGUUAUCAUGAUCCAACUUCUGGGGAGGAUGUUGAGUUGAUGUCUCGAGAGGGCCAAACAAAUAAAUCUAUUAUUUUGACUCCUAUUCAACGUAAAAUUAUCGAUGAAACACCAGAAUGUCUUCUUCUAGACCGUAAUCAAUGGUAUUGUGUAGAUAAUACUGAAUAUUUGGAUUCUUUUGUCGAAUGGCUAGAUAGUUGGGGAAGAAGAGAACAUGAUUUAUUGAGACAAUUGAAACCUAUCUUGAAUCGCAUGAGAGAUGUUAUUGCAAUUAGAAAUAAUUGUUUUGAUCCUGAGUUAUCAAAAAGGGAAUUACAAUAUAUGGAAGAACUAGAAGAUUACAAACUAACCAAUAGUGAAUUAAAUUUAAACAAUAUUGAUAAUCAGGACUCAUCGAUUGAGAAUAUCAAUAAAGAAGAUGAUGCAAUUGAAGACAUUGAUAGUAAACUAGAACGUAUUAUUGAACAAAUCAUGAAUCUUGAUGAUGGUUCCAAAACGAGAAAGAUUCUUAAUGCUAUAUCCAAACUAGAAAGUGAACGAGAUUUUCUACUGGAUAUGAAAAAAAAAUUACUAUCGGAACGUAAUACAAGUGGUAGAGUUAUCGCUAAAAGUGAACAGCAGAAGCUCAGAAAAUCAAGAAAUAAUAAGUUGGCAAGACGACAAGAGAUUUUGACUAAUUUAAUUAAUACAAGACAUUUCAAAGAAUUGGAUUCUAUUUUAUCUUGGAAGAAUAAAGUUGCUAUAGAAGUAUAUGGUUCUGAAUUGAGAAAGAAUGCUAAUAAAGGAAAACGAAGUGGUUCUAGAAGAAAAUAA